GUCCCGCUUUCGAACGCCCAAGGUUAUCUCGACCGCCCGACGUCCGCGAUGCAGCAUCACGAUCGCGGCCUCACUCUUCCGACGCCCCCGCCUUCGGCACAUGGGCCUCCACCUCCCCGGGAGCAACAAUAUCAACAGCAGCAGCAGCAGCAGUCCCGCGUUCGCUCCACGUCAUUGUCGCAGCAACCAUACGGCACUGCGAACACGCACCGGUCAACGUCGACCUCGCGUAAGCCUCCGCCUCUUAUCGUGUCCUCCCGUGCGCCCUCUUCGCGCCACGGGGCUAAUCCAGGCCGUGCACCCGCCAUCGUGUACGCUCCGUCGCGUAACAACAUGGCCAUGGACGAGGCGUACCAUCCGCCGGAGGUGAUGCCUCGUUCAGCCCCAGCGCAUCAAACGACCUUCCCGCGUGGCCAGAUCCCUCCGCCUCAGCCUAUCCCUCUACCUGGAACCGGCCUACCCUUCCCAGGCGAGACAGACCAACGUCACGGCGACGUACCCGACACAAGGAGCGGACGGGGCCGGAGCCACAGCCGCGGACGCAGCAAAUCCCGCGGCCGGUCGUCCAACGAAUCCGGCGUUCUCGUCGACUCGAACGGCUCUUCCGUCGUCCUCGUCACUCCGCCGUCCAACCACGCCGUCCUCGUCGACUCCUCCUCGCCGUCUCACCAUGCCCGCCACGUCACGCACCAUGGACAUUCGCACUCCUAUCCCCAAAACUCCUUUGGCGCGCCGUCCCCCGGCCGCAUUCACCGCCCGGCAACCAGCAUGGGCCAGCAUCCCGCCGCGAGUUCGGGUGGUCGGUCGGGCAGCCUCGUGCGCGCGCUACUGCCGCGAUCGAACAGUGUAACGCGAAUGAUCACAGGGAAGAGGUCAAAGAACCGACCGACGGAGGAGCCGCAGAGGGGCCAGGUGGUGCAUAGUCGCGACCUGGCCGCACAUGGCUACGCCAAUCCGCGGAGCCGAAAUACGUCCACCAGCAGCGGGAGUACAUACUAUGUCCUCCCGAAUCCCGGCCAGAAGGUGCACGUCAUCUCCACGGACGACGAAGCCUCCCGAUAUGCUAGCACGCGCUCGUCGGGCUCGUCACGGUAUCACCGCGGCACGUCGUCCGGCCAGCACUCGCUCCUCGCGAUACCUCCCCCGCAAGCCCCGCCUGGCUCGCCCGCUGUGCAGUCGACCAAAAAGCCGUUCUUCUUCAACCGACUAUUUGGCGGCAUGCAUCUCCGCGACCGCUCGGUCGAUUCUGCUCGCGCGUCGUCGUCCAGGCCUCGGGGCGAGAGGGACAAGUGGUCCUCGGGCGGGGGUAUGGUUGUCACACCGGCGCUCCCGCCACCACAGGAUACUGUACAGGCCGACGCAAGCAUGUUCGCCGCGGACGGGCGUAAGAUGGUUAUGGAGAAUCCGCAGGAUCAGGCGUACGGCGGGAGCGCUGGCCGGUCGCGUGGUCGCAAGCUGCUACGUCGCACUUCUGAUCAACCUCCACCCAUGAUGCACAACUAUCCAGCAGCGACUUGACGCCCACACAUAACAAUGAAGGCCACGUUUCUUCCGUUGAGGUUCUCGAUAUCCUACAUGUUAUCAUCGUAAUCGUCUGCUUUUGAAUCAUGUGUUGUCCAAUAGCUU